GCAAGUGACGGGGGCGGAGGGGAGACGCAGAGACUGGGGAAAGUGGAAUACAUUUUGGAAGUGAAAAAGAACAAGGGACAUUAAGGAUUCGUAGGGAAGGAGAAAAGCUAAACUCAACAGAGCGACUGCGUGAAAGGGGAAGAGAUACCGUGACGGGCAGAAAGUUAUGGGGAAAUGGAUAGAGAGUUAGAUUUUGGGAGAAAUAAGUGGUUUUAAAGAAAAAGGGAGACAUUAAGACCUGGGAGAAAACAAACCAGGGGAACCACGAGGGUGAAGAGAGGAGAUACAGAAAAACAGGAUUUGAGAAAUUCUGGGGAAAAUAAGGAAAUUUGGUAAAGUAAAUAUCACCUCUAUAGGAUAAAGAAAUUAGUGUAGUAAAUCUAUAAAGACUAAGAAGUAAAUAAAAAAUACAACUGAGAGUAAGGAAGAGAAACCUAAACAGCUGAUCAUAUAGACUUAUGUUAUGUAAGCCAUAUAGAGUAUGUUAGGGUCAGUAUAGGGGAAUAUUCUAUAUUCAUCCUAUAGGACUGGUCCCCACGUGGGAAACACCCAUUUGGCAAGAGAUUCCAGAAUACCACGGUCUCCCUUACUCUAUAAAUCACAUGUUUAUGCCAUAGGAGAGGACCCUGAGAUUUUUUGGGAUUCUAAAGGUGGUGCGAAUAAAGAUUACCAAAGCAUAUACAGGGAUAAGGAAGAAAUUGGACUCCAAAGUCAACAGAUAUUCUGGGACUAUGAGACUUUUCCUCAUGGGACAUCACUGACGGGAGAAAGAAGAAUGUCCUCUCGUCUCUUCUCCCUCCUCCUGCUUCUCUCUGUCUGUUGUGCCGAACCUGAUGCACACUUUGACCCAUCAUCGUGCCGCUAUGCAUUGGGUAUGCAGGAUAGAACCAUCCCAGACGAGGAUAUCUCAGCCUCUAGUGCCUGGUCUGACUCCACAGAGGCCAAACACAGCAGGUUGGAAAGUAACGAUGGAGAUGGGGCGUGGUGCCCAGUGGGCCCGGUAUAUCCAAAUAACGAGGAUUAUCUGCAGAUAGACCUGAGGAAGCUGUAUUUCCUGACCCUGGUGGGCACACAAGGCAGAGAUGGUGGAGGGCUGGGAAAAGAAUUUGCCCGGCACUACCAACUGCGCUACAGCCGUGAUGGAUACAAGUGGGCACAUUGGAGGGAUCGGUGGGGGAAUGAGGUUAUUGCGGGUAAUGAGAACACCCAGGAUGUUGUGUUAAAGGACUUGGGACCUCCAAUGAUUGCCCGCUAUGUUCGUUUCUACCCAAUGGCUGACCGGGUGAUGAGCGUCUGUCUACGGGUAGAAUUGUAUGGCUGUGUAUGGCAAGAUGGAUUACGCUCUUACACCUCCCCUCCUGGUCAUUGGAUGAGUCUCCAAUCAAUGCUCAUUAAUCUUAAUGACUCCACAUACGACGGGUUUACAGUUGGAGGAUUGCAAUACGGUGGUCUUGGGCAGCUGACUGAUGGUGUAGUGGGGGCAGAUGACUUCGAACAACAUAAAGAACAAGGAGUCUGGCCUGGUUAUGAUUAUGUUGGGUGGAAUAACGAGAGUUUCCCCUCAGGAUACCUAGAGAUGGAGUUUGAAUUUGAUGCACUCAGGGCAUUUAUAUAUAUGAGGGUUCACUGCAAUAACAUGGGUUCCCACGGGGUGCAAAUAUUCCGUCGGGUGGACUGCUACUUCAAGCGUUCCUUGCACACUCCAUGGGAUGAUCAACCCAUCAGUCUCCGCUUGGCCUUGGAUGUCCGGGACCCUAGUGCUCGAACAGUUACUGUACCCUUAAACGGCAGAGUGGCGCGUAUUCUACGUUGUCACUACUACUUCUCCAGCCAGUGGUUACUCUUCAGUGAGGUCUCCUUCCUAUCUGAGAUACUGGACCUAUCCAAUCCAGAAGAACCAAGUCCAGUGCCCCUCCCAAGAGUGACUGUCGCUCCGCGGACCACUACAUCAUUACCUCAGAGUACUAGCCAAAAGGCAAUAACUACAACGGCGAACAGUGACAGCCUGAGUGGGCAAGUGUUAGAGUCAGGAGCAGAUAUCAGAAUAAACCAGCCCGUUGCCAAGGAUGACAGCAGCGACACCUCCAUUCUGAUUGGCUGCCUGAUGGUUAUCAUUUUACUGCUGCUGGUCGUAAUUAUCCUCAUUCUGUGGCGGCAGAGGUGGAGGAGACUACUAGGAAAGGCACAGGGCCGCCCCUCUGACAACGACCUUACAGCUCGCCUCUCCCUCCCCUUGGAUACUGUGGUCAUAAACAACACCCAGAAUCCCCCUGGGCCUCCUCGACAUGCAAACCGCUAUGAACGAAUCCUGACUACGGAGGGCGAAUACCAGGAGCCAAACCAUAUCCCUCGCCCCAAGACAGCCACGCUACCUUCUACUACCGAGGCAGCUGCCUUGCUGUUAAACAACCCUGCCUAUGAGCUCCUACUCUCCACCUACAGCCGGCCAAUUGCAGAGCCUGGUGGCCUGCAGGUUAAGCCUAUCAACAUUAAGGAGGGAGGAUAUAGGGAGCUUGAAACCCCAAAUUUGCCCAUGGUAUGCCCUCCAAGCGUUCCACACUAUGCAGAAGCUGACAUUGUUACCCUCCAAGGGGUAACUGGGGGAAACACGUAUGCGGUACCAGCCCUGACUGCUGAUUCGCUCGCCUCCAAAGAACUUCCCCUCAGCAAGUUUCCACGUGGUCAUCUCCUGUUCAGAGAAAAGUUAGGAGAAGGGCAGUUUGGAGAGGUUCACCUGUGUGAGGUUGUAAAUCCACAUGAGCUACCUACACUUCAAUUUCCUUUCAACAUGCGCAAAGGGAGGAGUCUGCAGGUGGCAGUCAAAUUACUAAGGGCUGAUGCAAAUAAGAAUGCAAGAAACGAUUUCCUAAAGGAGCUGAAAAUCCUUUCCCGACUAAACGACCUGCACAUUAUUCGUCUUUUGGGAGCUUGCCUGGAUGAGGACCCGCUAUGUAUGAUCACAGAGUACAUGGAGAAUGGAGAUCUUAAUCAGUUCCUAAAUGGCCACCAACUUGGUGUAGACGGAGAGACCAGUGGAGACGUCGGGCUUGGCCUACCGUGCAUCAGCUACCCUAGCCUUCUUCACGUCGCCUUGCAGAUCUGCUCCGGCAUGAAGUAUCUCUCCUCUCUUAACUUUGUACAUCGGGAUCUCGCCUCUCGAAACUGCCUAGUGGGAGAGAACUUGACAAUAAAGAUAGCAGAUUUUGGGAUGAGCCGGAACCUGUAUGCUGGAGAUUACUACAGAAUCCAGGGCCGGGCAGUACUGCCAAUCAGAUGGAUGGCAUGGGAGUGCAUUCUAAUGGGAAAGUUCACAACAGCCAGUGAUGUUUGGGCGUUUGGGGUGACUCUCUGGGAGAUUUUGAUGCUGUGUAAGGAACAGCCAUACGGAGAGCUGAAUGACGAGGAUGUGAUAGAAAAUGCAGGAGAAGUAUUCAGGGAUAGCAAGAUGCAGAUCUCUCUCUCUCGCCCACCUCCCUGCCCACUACCUCUGUAUGAGCUAAUGUUGCAGUGUUGGGCCCGUGACUGCCGGGAGAGACCCUCCUUCCAAGACAUUCACUCCGUGCUCACCUCUCACUUCCUCUGCUACUCCAGCGCAGGGGCGAAAGCCUGACUGAAGCACCUUAUCCCAGCCAGAAACCUGCUAUGUUUAUCUGAUCCAUAAAUCUUGUCCCAUUGGCCAAUCAUUUUCUUUAUAACAAUAUUCUCAAAAUUCUUAUAGUUUCAAAAUACUAUAAUCUCCUUUAGAUUGAGCAAAAAGAUUUGGGAUUAACCAUUUUCAUCCCAUAUGCUAGACGGCCAUUCAUCUCAAGCAGCACCUCUAUGGAGUCACAUACACUGGAUUAUGGUCUAACAUUUAUAGGAUGGGAAUCACUAACAAAAAACACAACCAAUCAGUGAAAGCAAUACACCCUUUGGAGGUCUAUUCCAUGCAUUAUACAAAGAAUACAUUUCGAACAGUCCCAAGGGUUAAACACGCAAUCAUUGUUGUACAAGGGGGGUCCAGAGGGGGUAAGAAGGACAAAUGCAUCCCAGUGAAAGUUAGCUUUUAAUAACAAAGGCUAAACACCCGCCCGAGUCUCUCUUUGGAUGUCGCUAAACCACCAUCUUUAAAAUAAUUUACAUCUAAUGUGCACACCAUGCAACUCCCUGCUGCAUGUUAACCCCCCAACAUAAAUGUAUGCGAACACCAAUAUAUGCAAUAAAUAUUCAUAAAUGGUUCAGCCUAUAUACUGAUUACAUUGCUGAAUACAAGUCUUGUUCACCCCAUAUAGGUCUUUUUUAUAGGAUGGAAAUUCCAAACCAGCAGCAUAUUAUAUAUAUAUAGGCUAAUCAUUAAAAUCUCAUUCUAUUAACUUAGCAUCUUAAAUAAAAGAAUGUUUUUGCAAAUUUGACAAAUAUCUGCCCAGUUAGAUGCUCUAUAAACCCCAAUAAAGUUGGCUUACUUAUCUAUAAUGUUGUACCAACCACCCCACAUGAUAGAAAACAUUCCAAUCUACAAUUUAUUUUACAGUUUCACAAAAUUCUCAUUUAAAAUCUCUCCGUCCUAUGUAUUCUAUUACUCACAGAGGUAAAAUCUACACACUUUAUACAUAGAAAUGAAUGAAGGACAUAUAUUAAUUCAUCUUACCAUCUUUGCACUCCAGACAUUUCACUGAAAUAAGCACUUUUAUACUAGUAAGAACGCAAAGUAUAGUUUGAUUUAUUUACAAGUCUCUUUUAAGGCAUUUCCACACACCACUGUAUUACCACCAAUACUAGUAUUGAGAUUGACUACAUUAUUUUAAAAAAUUAGAGAUUAACACUACAUACUUUUAUUUGUUGAUAUUGAGGCAUAGGGAAUUGAUCAAUACGGAUUAAAAAAACAGACGUCAGUAUUGCAUAUCAAGAAAUUGUGGUCCUGGACCAUAUCUCUGUACAAAAAUAUACGUAUGCAUCUGAUUGCUGUAUAUCUCUUCAUGGUUUCAACAAUGAAGCCCUAUGGGUAGUGGGAACAGCUUCAUUAUGAAAUUACCCUUACUUUACCAUUGUGCAUAAUUUUUUGUUAUUUAUGGUUUAUCCGUUUUACGGUUGACUACAACCGCUACUUAAAAUGGUCGAUCACUCCAGUUUCACUAUUACCUUUAUAAAGCAAGCUGUAUAUAAUAUACCUCAAGCUAAACACUGGAAGGUUUAUUUGAACCUCACUCCAUAUCAAAGACCACUCCAAGGAUCAGUCAAUAGCUAUAUCAUUAUCACCCCUAUUAAACAAAAGGAAUUCCACUCCAAGGAUCAGUCAAUAGCUAUAUCAUUAUCACCCCUAUUAAACAAAAGGAAUUCUGGUGCAGAUAGACAGUUGCUGCAGAACUUCAGAACAAGUUCAAAUUGAAUGACAAUAUUCCAUAUGCUGGGUCUAAUUGCCUAGCAUUUCGAUACUCUGGAAACCACAAAUACAAUGGAAACAGGUGCACGGAAGAAUUAGUAAUGAAGAUGGAUUUUUACAUUAUCCAUAUUGGACUUGUUUAUGGAGAUAUAUUGAUGACAUUUCUGCAAUAAGAGAUUCUUCUUAAUUUUGACUAUAAGGUCGUCUUUUUUUAAGAAAAAAAACUGUAAUAUAUAAAAAAAAACAUUUAAAAAAAAUCAUGUUAUAAAUUAAGUGAUGGAAACAGCAACUAAUAAUUGUGAAUAUAUUCUUCUGUUUUAGGGAAUAAUCUUUAAAGUAGAAGACAGUUUAGCAGGAAAAAAAAAAUUAAAUGUAUAAUUUGAUUAAAAAUAAGACGGUUGUGUGUUAAUGUGAUAACAAAUUUAAUUUGAAUUUUGGUUAAAAUCGAUAAUCAGCAGGAUUUUGACCCAAAGUGACUUUUGAUAAUCAUGAAAUUCACAAAACAUUGUAAACCUGAUUAGACUUUUUUUUUUAACAUAGAAAAUUACUUUAUGUAAUUUGGUUAAAAUCUACAGUUUUGACUGUAAUGUUGGACUUUUGGUUAAAAUAUAACCUUAAUGAUUUUGCCACUGCCGAACCCUGAUUUUAAUGGGUCUGAUACAAUUGUUUAUAUGUUAUAUUCCUAUUUCUUGAUGUAUAUAUAUAUAUAGAUAUGCUAAUUUAAAGCUUUAAUUGAGAUUGUUUUUAUAUGAUGUUAAUAUAUAGAGACAUUUGCCAGAUAUUUCACUAAUUUGCAGAAAAUAAAGAUUUGCUUUUUUUAGGGACUUUUAGAA